UGACAUCUCUUUACCUUAUAUACCUAUUACCUACUCUUUGUAUUGUAUAAUAUAACCUAAGUUAUAGAAAAAAGAUACCUACCUAGUAGUAGUAGUAGUAUUUAAAGUUUGUGAAUGAAUAUUUCGCCAUGACCUUAGACUUUCGAGAUUUCGAUAAGGAUUCAUCUGAUGAUAGCAGUAUCAGCUCUGAUGAAGAGUUUGAAAAUAAUGAUGAUAAUAUGUUGUUAAGUGAAGGAGAGGAUGAGGAAGAGCAGCAAAAUGAUCAAACCAAUCAUCAGGAUGGAAGCCAUGACAACUCGGAAGAUGAAGACGAAGUAGUUAAAGCUAUUAAAGCAGAAAAAAAUAAACUUCGAGACCACCCUCCGAGUAUAAAAUGUGAUGACUUUAUUGUAGACAUUUCAUUUCAUCCUUCCAAAAAUAUAAUAGCAUUAGCAAAUAUAGUAGGUGAUGUUAUGCUUUAUGAGUAUAGCAAUGAUGAAACAAAACUUGUAAAUACUCUGGAACUGCAUACAAAAGCCUGUAGAGAUGUGGAAUUUGAUAACGAAGGACUUGUUAUGUUUACAACUGCAAAAGAUAAAGCAAUCAUAGCAACAGAUGUGGAAACUGGGAAGUUAAAGCAGUGUUUUGAAAAUGCUCAUGAAGACCCAAUUUAUAAAUUAUUAGCAUUGGAUUCUAAUAAAGUUGUAACAGGGGAUGAUAGCGGUACUGUAAAGCUCUGGGAUAUGAGAAAACAAAAUGCUAUAUUCAGCCUAAAAAUUGGUGAAGAUUAUAUUUCAGAUAUGCUUACAAAUGAAGCUCAAAAGUAUUUAGUUUGUUCUGGUGGAGAUGGUACUCUAACUUCCAUUGAUUUAAAAGGAAGUAAAAUAUAUACUUCGUCUGAGCAGUAUGAAACAGAGUUAACCUGUAUGGGGUUAUUCCGAUCAGAGACAAAAUUACUAGUUGGUUCAUCAGUAGGCAAAUUAUAUUUGUUUAAUUGGAAGGAAUUUGGACUACAUAGUGAUGAAUAUGUUGGACAGAAACAUUCUAUCCAGUGCAUGAUACCCAUUACACAAAAUAUUGUCGUAUCAUCUGGAGAAGAUGGCAUAUUAAGAGCAGCACAUAUGUUUCCACAAAGACAACUUGGAAUUGUGGGUCAACAUAGUUUACCAGUGGAAGCCCUUGAUAUCAGUCAUGAUGGACAAUACAUUGCAUCUUGUUCACACAAUAAUGAUGUUAAAUUUUGGAACAUUUCGUAUUUUGAAUCAAUUGACAGCCUUAUCGACGUAAACCAUAAACAAAAUAAAAAGAAGGAUAUGAUGAAUAAUUUACCGUCAAGUAGUAUAAAAAAUGCUUCAGAUUUUUUUUCUGGUUUAGCAUAAGUUGUAUGCAAUUAUUAAUAAAAAUACUUUUUUAAAA